AUGGAUUCUACUUCCAAGAACUCUCCCUUUUGCUUAAAAUGGCCUUGGGAUGUCCAAAACCAAAACCCCAAGAAUCCUUCGCCUUGUACCUUUGAAACUCCUUUUCUAUUCAAGCCAUUCAAGAUUCUUGGCUCUGGAGUGUUUAAUUUCGUCCAAAAUAUAUCAAAACCCCUACCUUUAUCACCCGGAUUUAAUUCCCAGUCGAACGGUGGAGUCAACCAAAAUAAUACCUUGAAGUUAGUGAAGAAGAAAUUGACUCCUGCAGAGCAAGCGGAGAUCGAGCAGAGUGCAUUAGCGUCUGUCUUGGCCAGUGGAAAAGAGGGUUAA